UGUAAUCUAAGGAGGCAUCCCACUUGUCGUGAAUUGAAAGAAUGGAGACACGGACAUGGCUCUAUCAAAGUGGAUCCGUUCACGUCGAUAUCAGCGAUAGAGAGAUAUUUGCUGGAUCGAGGUGUUGGUUAUGUGCGUGGCGAGGAUUCGUCUGGAGACGAGGAUGCAAGUGAUGAUGACGAAAUGCCAUCGGCGAUUCGUCAGUAUUCACCUGCGAUGAUGAGUAGCGAUGGUAGUGAUCAAUUGGCAAUGGCCACAGGCCUCUGGGUGAACACUCAUACACUCUACUAUCGAGCCGCAUCGAACUCGCCACCUCCAGAAUCCAAUAACGAUUCCCCUAGCACUCCAACAACUGCAUCUUCGUCCAAAUCGCCAGGCAACUCGAAAGCAGAACGAAAAGAGCGAAAGUAUAAGAUUGAUGAGAAACUUUGGCUAGAUGGUGAAGUACCGACAUAUGAUAGCCCAUUGGAUCCGUAUUUGACUAGUCAACUUCCGGUUGAAAUCGAUGAUCCGUCAGUGUGUUCGUUGGUUCUGUUGCGUUGUUUGUAUGGACUGAAUCGUUUUUGGUGGUCACUGUUCGACGACGAGGAUGUGCCACCGACAAGUCACGCUCCGUUACUACCUCACACAUCAUUUCAUUCAGCCAAAUUGAAUGCCAAAAUGUCCCGUCAACUGUCCGAUUUCCUGUCGGUCGCCACUCAACAACUACCCAAAUGGACUACGGAUCUCGUUAGAGCAGCGCCAUUCAUCUUCACGUUUACGUCUCGUCGUAAUCUGUUGUAUUGUACGGCAUUUGGUCGCGAUCGUGCUCUCAUGCAUUUAGUGAAUCAAACUGACGGCGGUCAUGCCGAUGGAGAGAGCGGACGAUUGACGCCCAGAUUAGAAAGACGUAAAGUGUCGAUUAAACGCGAUGACUUGUUACGGCAAGCCGAACAAACCAUGAAUCAUCUAGGAGGAAGCAGAGCAAUGUUAGAAGUGGGUUUCGAAGGAGAAGCAGGCACAGGUUUUGGUCCAACGCUUGAAUUCUAUUCGACAGUCUCACGUGAAAUCCAAAAGGCGUCACUGAAACUGUGGCACGGCAAAAGUAUAUCGGCCAAUGUUGAAAAUUCGGAUGGCUUUUAG